UCAGAUCAGGAAGCUCUACAAAGGUGAUUGGACAGGCUUGCCUCCUAAACUACCUCACUCAGAUGUUGCCGUGGCACGAAGCAUCACAUACAUUGGAAUUCAGAUUGCUUUUCUCAUUUCAGGCAUGGCGGUUAUGAAUGUGAUGCUCUUCCUUGUUGUGUACUCUGUGAUCGUCCUGCCCAUCAAGCAAGGUCUCUUCCGCAUAGCCAUCAGAGACAUCAUUAUCAACGCUGCACCUGUUUUGUUGGUGUUAUACUUACUUAUGGUCAUCACGCAAUGGUUCUUUCUACAAGAGAAAUUGUCGCCCACGGACAAAAAGAAGCCCCUUGCCUUAAACAACAUACGGGCUCUGGAGAACAUCAGUUACUUCUGUUUGUUUUUCUACAUCGUUGAGGGUGCGAUGGCGUCCGCUAUGCGGCUGCUGACCAGCUUCAUCCUGGGCAGCCUUAGCAUCGCCCGCAUCGACCACCCCACCAUGUCAGUGGUAUCCCGUCUGGAUGCAGGGUACUGGGCAUGGGUGUCUGUGCUGAUGGUGGACUCCACUCACACCAACCCCACCGUUCUGGCCUUCAGUCGCAUCUUGGCCAAGUCUGUCUCAACCUCCAGCCAUGACGGGGUGCCAGAGGGCAGGACUGAACAGUGGAGACACAGGGCCAGGUGUAGGUGGUGGUUGGGCUACACCCUGCUGCGGAAUCCGAGGCUGGUGCCCCUCCGCAGGCAGGGCUACGAUGUGAAUAUCUUGGCCUCGGGAGAGCUCACUCCUGUGCCACAGUCACCAGUCACCUUUGACAGCUUCACCAACCCACUGCUGUGAUUGCCCCAGGACUUUUUAUCUGACCCACAUCAACCAUGGUGCUACUUCCAAUGCCUAUCCCAGACCCUCCCUGCUCACUGUAGAGAGACAUCAAGCCAAGUAUACACAGCUAUCUUCACUGCCUGACUGCUGGAUAGAGUUCCUGGUGGUGGUGAUUACCACUGGAUGCUACUCCACCCCCUCCUGUGCUCCCCAGCUGAGGACAAGUUAUCAAGUCAGGACAAUCACCAAUAUUGACAAACACUGAUAAAAGUGGAUGUGCCUAUGAGGCCAUCAGAGCCAUGUAGGAUGAACAAUGAGCGUGGGACAAGGAACAAGACAUCUGUGUUUUGAAGGACUCAUAGGCCGUGUUCACACCUGGCAUAACAUAUGUAUAUAUAUAUAUAUUUCAGUAUUAUGCUUCCUUACCUUUUUUUAA